CGCAACCGCACUUUCCUUAUUCUUCCCUCUCUGAAAUUUCUUCAUUCACUCCAAAUCCGCUCUGAUCCAUUCCGAUUGGAUCUGCCGCGUACGGUGCAAUGUCUCGCUACCAGUCUACUUCCUUUGACGACGGCGAGGUUAAUCCCUUUGCGAAUCCUGGAACUGUUCCAGCUGCAACCUCAAAGCUUUCACCUCUUCCCCCUGAGCCGUAUGACCGCGGUGCCACUAUUGAUGUUCCUCUUGACUCUGGAAAGGAUCUGAAAUCUAAGGAGAAAGAACUCCAGGCAAAAGAGGCUGAAUUGAAGAGGCGGGAGCAGGAACUCAAGCGGAAAGAAGAUGCUAUAGCACAGGCCGGGAUUGUGAUAGAAGAUAAAAACUGGCCUCCGUUUUUCCCUCUCAUCCAUCACGACAUUUCGAAUGAGAUACCUAUCCAUCUGCAGAGAAUCCAAUAUGUUGCAUUCACAUCAUUGCUGGGUCUUGUGGUGUGCCUGUUAUGGAACAUUGUGGCAGUUACCACCGCGUGGAUUAAGGGAGAAGGUCCAACUAUAUGGUUUCUAGCUAUUAUCUAUUUCAUAUCGGGAGUUCCUGGAGCAUAUGUUAUGUGGUAUCGCCCUCUUUAUCGUGCCAUGAGGACUGAUAGUGCUUUGAAGUUUGGGUGGUUUUUCUUCACGUAUCUGUUUCACAUAGGGUUUUGUGUGUUUGCGGCGGUGGCUCCUCCAAUAAUCUUCAAGGGAAAAUCGCUGACGGGGAUUUUGCCGGCGAUUGACGUGUUGAGCGGGAAUAUAUUGGUUGGGAUAUUCUACUUCAUUGGGUUUGGGUUCUUCUGCCUGGAGUCACUUGUGAGCAUUUGGGUUAUUCAGCAAGUAUAUAUGUACUUCAGGGGGAGCGGGAAAGCAGCAGAGAUGAAGCAAGAGGCAACAAGACGAGCAAUGAUGGCAGCUCUCUGACAACCCUUGAGUCCUCUUAUCAUCUUCCAUUUUUUCCCAGAAGAUAACAUACAAACAGAUCCUCUCCUCUACUCUUUUUUUUUAAGGGGAUUUUGCUUAACUCGCCACUCACUCCUAAGUGUAACUUAACUUCUUACUUGCUUUUGUUUUUUUUUUGUUUUGACUAUCACUGAAAGAAGGCGCCCAUAUUCUGAUAUCAUAAA